GGAAGUUAGAGAGUAUGGGAGGGGCUUUUUACCUUAGGGGCGUGGCAGUACAGAGCGCUACGCGUGGUUUGCGCUGGCAACGUAUGUGGCCAGCAGGGGGCCCUCUGUUAUUGUUGCCUAUUCCCGAUCCGCAGCUUGAACUCCUCCCGUUCCAUUGCCUUGCAGCGGCAUGAGAGUUAGCACGAGCUGAGUCGCUGGGAAUCGCUGCUUUUGUUAUUGGGGUUGGGGCCGGUACAGAGACGGUGCCUGAGUUGGUGGAAAGACUAGAGAUGGACUCGAGUAUAGAGCGGGAGUGUAGCGCCCUAGGGGGGCUUUUCCAGACCAUCAUCAACGACAUGAAGGCCAGCUACCCGACUUGGGAAGACUUCGUCAGCAAAGCGACCAAGCUGCAGUCCCAUCUCAAGUCUAUGAUCAUUGUGACCGGUUCCUUCUUGGAUGCCUUUCAGAAGAUAGCAGAUAUGGCUAUUAACACAAGAGGGGCAACCAAAGAAAUUGGAUCAGCGCUCACAAGGAUGUGUAUGAGGCACCGAAACAUAGAGUCCAGACUGAAGCAUCUGACUGUAGCAUUGACAGACAGCUUGAUUAACCCUUUGGAAGGCAAGAUUGAGGAGUGGAAGAAGGUAGCCAACCAGCUUGAUAAAGACCAUGCCAAAGAGUACAAAAAGGCUCGUGCUAACAUCAAGAAGAAAUCCUCUGACACCAUCAAGCUACAGAAGAAGGUGAAAAAAGGUAAAGACGAUGCCCGGGUGCAGCUGGACAGUGCCCUUCAGGAUGUCAGUGACAAGUAUGUGCUCCUGGAGGAGACGGAGAAGAAGGCAGUGUACAGGGCACUCGUGGAGGAGCGGGGUCGAUUCUGCAUGUUUGUGUCCUUCCUCAAACCUGUUCUGGACGAGGAGAUUGGGAUGCUGGGGGAAAUCACGCACCUACAGACCAUCCUGGAAGACCUGAGCAGUCUGACUGUAGAACCCAGCAAGUUGCCUCCUAUGAGUGAACAGGUGAUACACGAUCUCAAGAACUCCGAUUACAAUUUCACCUACCAGACCCCGCCCGGCUCACCAAGUGGAACACUGUCACGGAAAGCCAGCACCAACAGCUAUCUGCAUGGAUCCAUGCGUCACGUUCCCUCUAUGGACUCCAUCUCAAGCUCUAUGGAAGCACUGCACAUUCGGCCCCCCUCUACCUUAAUGCUUGAAUGCAUGUUCCAGGAUCCAAGGCUGAACAACAGCCAGCAGCCACCAACCCCUAGUGGACCUAGCGGGGAGAACGGGACCAUGAAACUUAUAAUCAGCCAUACUACAGAUGGAGCUCGAUCUUUGGGGUCAAAUAGCAUGAUCAAGCCCAAGUCUCCUCGGGAUCAACUGGCCUUGGCUUUGAGUCAGGACCUCAGCUCAGAAAUGCUGCUCAGCAGAGACUCCUUGCACUGCUCCAGUGGGUACAGCACACAGACCACCACCCCAUCUUGUUCUGAUGACACCAUUCCCUCUCACACCAUAAAGAUGGAGCCGUCUGUUUUUGUUUCAGACUAUGAUUAUCUCUCUCUGCACGGGGAGCAGGAAGAGCCGGAGCAAUUGGAGUUCGACAAGUCGUCCACCAUUCCGCGCAACAGCGACAUCGGUCUGAACUACAGGAGAAUGUUCCAGGCCAAGCGGCCGGCGUCCACGGUCAGUCUAUUGGCCGACUCCGAACUCCGCUCUCCCUAUCUAGCCACCAUCAAGAGGACGCCUUCCAACAAGCCUCCAUUAAGGCGAGGUACAGUCAGUGGGGUGCCUAUCCCCAUCCGGCCUCCAGUGGUUCCCUUGAAGGCUACAAACUACUCAGAAGUAGCCAUCAAUCCUUACGGAGAGAGCUCAAACAGCCAAGAGUUUGCUUAUUUCUCUGAUGGAAGAGCAGACUUUCCCCAAAUGAAGCCUGGCCUGUGUAACUCCGCCCAAAGCCUCAACACCAUACAGACACCAUGUUGUGCCUAUAUCCCCAAGCAAUCUUACUCCUACUCACAGUGUAUCAGCCAGCAGCCCCCCAGCCCACACACAGUAUUUACUGUUAAUUCUGCCUCCCACUUCUCAGCAGCAAGUAUGGUACAGAAUGUGCAGAGCCAAGAGAGCAGUGGCAGUCCAGGGGGCAGUCCUCAGGAGGAGCACCAAGGAGAUAUGUUAUCCAUGAUCCGGAGAGGCGUGAAGCUUCGGAAAACAAUCAGCAACGAUAGGUCGGCCCCGCUGAUCAAGUGAGGCACAGCGGUUGCCUUUUGUUAAAGACUUUCUAUUUUAAUGUUAUUAUUUAGACUUGAAGUUCAGAACGACCUAUAAUUCCUCGCGCAUCUUCUGUAUCGCUGGAUAUUUUAUUUUGUGCUGUAGUCGGCGGCUGAUUCUGUAAGUGUCUCGGGCCGGCUCAGCCGAUAACUGCCUUUUAUCUGGGUUUUAUAACGUCUGCUUUGGAUUUUAGGAAAUAAAGGUCAUUUUAAGUUUCUAUAUUAUUCAAUGUUUAGUAGGGAUGCACCGAAUCCAGGAUUCGGCCGAACUCCCGAAUCCUUUGCGAAA